AUGUCGAGGUCAGCUGAGAGAUGCUUGCCUUUUUUUAAGAAGUUGAGAAAAGUUCUGAACUUUGAAUGGAUUGAAGACUGUCGAGAGGCUUUCAAAGAGCUCAAAAGCUACCUUAGCUCGCCUCAUGUUCUCAACAGUCCGCUGGAAGGAGAAGAGCUCCUGAUUUACUUGUUAGCCUCAGAACAAGCUGUCAGUGCUGUGUUGGUAAGGGUAGAAGGAGGAGAACAGAAGCCAGUGUUUUACGUCAGCAAGGUGCUCAAAGAUGCCGAGAUCAGAUAUCUGAACAUUGAAAAGAUAGCAUACGCUCUGUUAUUGGCAGUCAGAAAAUUCAGAGUUUACCUAGAAAGCCAUCAAGGAGUAGUAAUGACAGACCAGCCGCUGAAGAAGAUCCUCCACAGAUCGAAAACCUCAGGUCGGAUGCUUGCUUGGUCCAUCGAGAUCAGCCCGUACUGUUUGGAAUACCGGCCUCACACAGCCAUAAAGUCUCAAGCCCUCGCUGACUUCAUAGCAGAAUGUUCUUUCAGUGAGAAACAAGCAGGACCUGGUGAGACACCCCCGGAAGCACCAGAAGGGGAAAGAGAAAGACAGUCCGCUCGAGAAUUCAACUGGAAGUUGUAUGUGGACGGGGCAUCCAGUGCUGGGGGUAGCGGUGCAGGAAUAAUGCUAAAAGGACCUGAGGGUUUCAAAGUCUGUUAUGCUCUGCGCCUGGAAUUCAAAGCCUCUAACAAUGUAGCGGAAUAUGAAGCCCUGAUAAAUGGGAUGAUAAUCGCAAUGGAGGUAGGGGUAACUGAUCUUGAAAUAAAUAGCGACUCCCAGCUAGUGAUCAAUCAGAUAACAGGGGCAUAUCAGGCAAGAGACCAAAUAAUGCAGAACUACUUGGCGAAGGUAAAAGCCAUAGAGGCCGAGCUCGUCGAACAAGGGAUUAUGGUACGGUACCAGAGGAUACCCCGGGAGGACAAUGAGGAGGCAGACUUGCUUAGCCAAUUGUCUAAAGAGGAGCUGGAACAACUCCCUGACGAGGUAUACAUACAACAUAUUAGCACACCUGCUUUUGACAAAACGGCCACUGUAAUGCAGGUUGAGCAGGGCCAAAGCUGGAUGAUCCCAUACCUGGAAUACCUUGAGAAGGGAAAGCUCCCUGAGGACAAGGAUGAAGCAAAGAAAAUAGCUGCUCGAGCUGCCAACUACUAA